GUUCUCCGUCAGUGGGAAUUGGCCAAACUAUAGCUAUGCACAUCUGACAACUGCAUUUUUUGGAUUGUGUUGGUUGUCUUCGUGUUUGUUUUAUGUGGAAUCUAUGUUGAUAAUUACUGAUUUCUGAUGGAGCUGAGAAAUUUCAACAAUCAAGUCCAUCCAACUCCAGACUACCCUAGUCCUUAUGGUUCCCAGCAUUCAUUGAGGUUACGGACAGUUCCAGCCCAAGAGACCACCAGUGCGGUUCAGUUUGAUUGGGCCUCCCCCCCUGAAGAUGCUGAAGACUCUAAUGAGCCUCGAGAUCUCCGCGAGCUGCCGCUGCACAUGGGCCUGAAGAGAGCAGUAUGGCAGGUGCAACAGAUGAGAAUUCCAGUUGUUUCUAGCUCUUGGAAUAUCAAACAGUCACAGACAUUUCGCCGUUUCUGUGAGGUUGUCAAAUAUGUUCUCAGCUAUUUUGUUCUGUGGAAAAGGGGAAUCCAAAGGAUAGGAGGUCACUUUGGUGGAGGAGUCCAAUCCUACUUCCUGUUCCUGAGAUUUCUUGUGAUUCUCAACUUCCUGUCUUCCUUGUUAAUCGCAGCAUUUGUCCUCAUUCCCAGCAUUGUGUUUCGCUCUAUGAACUUCAACUCCACCAUCCCUACAGUCAAUCUAACCGGUGUGGAAAUAUGCUUGCAGUAUGAUCCAAAACCUGAUACCCUGAUGGUGUUCAUCACAUACUUUCUGGAUCUGAUCUCAGGAACUGGAUUUAUGGAGUAUUCAUACCUGUUUUAUGGCUACUAUAACAAUUCAAUGGUUGAGAGUAAUGGCUUCUCUUACAACAUCCCUCUUGCGUAUCUGUUGACGGCAGCCUUCUACUUCCUCUUCUGCUUCAUUUGUAUGAUUAUUAGAAUGGGCGGCACGGCACGUGUUGCCGUUGUGACGGGUGGAGGAGCGACAGGGGGUUACAGUACGCUGGUGUUUACAGGAUGGGAUCACGGUCUCCAAGGAGACCGUACAACAAAACUUAAACAGAGCAAUUUUCGCUACCGGUUACAGGUGGAUCUAGAAGAGGAAAGACUAAAAAAAAAGGCUGCCUCCCUGACUUUGGGCCAAACAGUCUCUCUCUACGCGCUCCGUGUUUUCCUCAACAUAGUUGUCUUAAUUCUCAUCGGUGCAACUUUCUAUGGCAUUGCUGAGGCAACACAGUUCAGCCAGCUUAUGAAAACAACAGGCUUUAAGGGGCUGCUGUUGCAAUACUUACCCUCCAUGGUCAUAACAGCAAGCAAUUUUGUGGUGCCUUUACUGUGUGACAAGAUUGCAUUACUGGAGAAGUAUUCUCCCAGUACCACGGUCAUCCUGGCCUUGCUGCGGGCAGUCUUCCUGCGUUUGGUGAGUUUGGGUGUUUUGCUGUACACUCUGUGGGAACAGAUUACCUGUGAGGGAGAUAUCGACAAACAAAACUGUAUACCCUGCCAUUAUUAUUACAACGAAUAUAAGUGCUGGGAGACACGAGUUGGACAGGAAAUGUAUAAACUGACUCUUUUUGACUUCCUGAUUACAAUUGCUACACUGAUCCUGGUAGAAUUCCCACGCAGGAUUGUGGUGGAUCAUUGCUCAUGCAAACUAACUCAGUGGGUGGGACGGCAAGAGUUUCUGGUUGCCCCAAAUGUUCUUGCUCUAGUUUACAGUCAAACGGUGGUUUGGACUGGAGCUCUUUUCUGUCCAUUGCUGCCAUUCAUCAACACCAUCAAAUUCAUCCUCUUUUAUUACUGCAAAAAGAUAACUCUCUUCCAGAACUGUCAACCAGCAACAAGAAACUUCCGGUCCACCACCUCCAACUUCUUCUUCCUUUUGGUUCUGCUCUUUGGAUGGAUGUUGGCCACCAUGGUUCUCCUUUACAGUGUGACUAAGAUCCAUCCAUCUUAUGGCUGUGGGCCUUUCCGGUUUUACCCAACAAUGUGGGAGGUUGUACCACGAUCUGCCGAAAUGCUAAACAGCACGAGUGCAGAAUUCCUGUUUUAUAUCGGCUCCCAGAAAUUCUCUAUCCCACUCUUCAUCUUCUCCUGUGUGCUCCUGUGCUAUGUAAGCGCUUUAACAUCUGUCCAUGGGAAAAGUGUAGCACUCCUGAAAUCUCAGUGUAAGCUGGAACAGCGUGACAAGCAAUUCCUGGUCCGACAAAUUGAAGAGCUGAAUGCCACAGUGCAGAAGGAACAACGUGAACCACAGCAGCCCCAGAGAGAGACUGACACAGCAACACGGUGGAAUCAACAUGACAAUUAUGCAUUUGACCACGAUGAAGAUCCAAGGCCAUAUUAAGACUUUGUUGAUAAAGUGCAGUGUAUGCUGGAAUUAAAAAAAAUCGUGCACUCCAUUAUUUUACACAAAUACAUCCAAUGAUACUUUUACGGCCGUUAAAAAGUUCGGGGUCAGUAAGA